CUUUGAACAAUUUAUACACAUACGGCCUUAUUAUUGAUCUCAUAGACUAUUCAGAUGGCUUUCGAUCAUUUUUUAUAUACAUAUAUGUAAUUCUCUAUGUAUGUAUUAUAUAUACCGAGCUGUUGCGCUACGUAAGCAAAGCGUUUUCGGUUUCAACAGCCACUUUAUUCUUCACUUUGUCAUAUUCGUUUAUUAUCAGCCUUUGUCUUUUUUUAUUCAUUUAUACAUAUAUAUUAGUAUUUUUCAUAUUAUUCGUAUUUUUUUGUUUUUUUUUGCCUUUACUCCGAACACAUAUCAGCAUUGCUUGAAUUGUUUUUGUCGCCGCGCGGUGUUCUUAUCGUCUAUUCUUUUUUGCCUGUCAUGUCAUUGCUGUCAUUGUUGCUAGUUCUAGCAGUUGUUCGCAUUGUAUUGUGUUGUCAUAUGUUAAACUCGUUCGCGGUAUGCCCUGUUGCUUAGCGCUUAGCCACCACCAACAUUCAGUUCGCCUGUCAGCCAGCCAGCCAGCAAGUCAGCGAGUCAACCAAGAUAUUAUUGCUUGGGGCGACGACUCGACGCUACGUUGGUCGCACUGAUCGCGCUGCUGGUCGUGCGCAUAGACAACCAGAACCAUGUCGUUGUGAUCGCGUCGUCUAUGAGUCUUCAGUUCUUGCGAACUUGUGGCAUUUAAGCAGUCAGAAUAUAAAGUGAUCGUCGCCAAGAUCAUUGUGGCUACUGAAAGCGCUGGCAUUUUCGUUACGUUCUUGUCGUUCAUUAUUAUAUCUUUAUGCCUAUUUGUAACGUCGUGUGGUGUAUUUCUGUAAAACUGAUUUGGUAUUAUUUUCUUUUUCAACAUCCGCUGUGCAUUUUGAGCGCUUUUGAUGAACGCGUCGUAGGCACGAACGCGCGAAAAAAGUGUUAAAAAGAACAUUCAUGUUGUUUUCUUUUUGCUAAUUUAUUUGUAAGUUUUUUGCGCGCACACAGGUGCAAUUGAACCGAAGAUCAACAAAAAAUAAACAGCAGCGAAAAAAACUCAAGAACUCAUCGCGAUUGCUUGUGACGACAUAAGUACACGCAGCGCGAUCGCCUGAUUUUGCGUGUGCAUUCUCAGUAAAAAAGAAGCAGAACAGGCAGCCAUAAACAAAAAAACAAAACAUGCAAUAAAAACGAGGGUACAAGUCAACCACAAUGCGAACGAACGACGAUCAUCUGUUGCAUUGCGCAGCUAAGCAAAAGAACAAAAGUUAUCGAAAAGUCAGAGAUCGACGUCGACCGCGACAGACUGGCGACACUAGCGUCACACAAGUCAAGUGGUGGUGAUUGCAAGCGUACAGUGUGAAGAAUACCCUGCCAAAGUCGGAGAAGAAGUAGUAAUUGAGCCAGUACAUAGUAGCUAAAAAGUGUCUGUGUUUGGUUGGAGACACUGCAACAAAAACAAAAACAACACGACACCCGAGCACACACACACCGUUUAUCAGUCAGUCUAACUGGCUGGCGCGUCUGACCGCCCCGCGUCUCUGUCGCCGCGUUCAAUUAACCCGCCCGCUCAACGAUCAUGCCGCGACGUCUGUCCGCAGGGCUGUCGUUGUGUCUGCUUGCCGUAUGUUCGUCGGAGUCAAAACUGUUUGUAGUUGUCUUUUUCAUUUUUUUUUUUUCUGUUUUUUUUUCUGUUUGCUUUGGGUUAUUGUCUCCACUGUGCGGAUUUCAGUCGUUGCGGCUGUGGGCCACACACUCACCAGUCACACCAGCGCUACCAUAAAGUCAGACUUGUUUGCCUUUGUUGUUGUUUUGCACUUAAGCGCUCAUAGUUUUCUUCUUUUCUUUCCGUUUCUUUUUGUUUUUUUUUUUUUGUAAUUGUCUGCUUUUUCUAGUUUUAUUACGCUGAGCGUAGCUGUUAUUCAGCAUCUUGUUACACAUGUGUUGUUAUUGUUAUCAACAUAGUUGACGACCACGACCACGAAUGAGACGACGACGCACUGUCAGGUCCACUGGUGUGUUGUUAGCGCGCUUGCAGUUGACGUCAACAGCAACGUUGGCGGCAUAAAUGUUGCUGCUGAGAUCUCAUAUGGCAUACACAUGUUUGUUGGUAGACGCCGUGUACUAGCACACUUGCCGCACAGCGCUGUUGUCGUCAACAUCGACGCCGACGUUCAGCGUUCACUACGGCGCAUGUAUUAUUAUUAUUGGCUGUGUGUUGUGUGAAUCAAAUAGAAAAUAUUUCAGUUUAAGCGUAACGUUGCAUACGUUAAGAUCGCGCGAUUCCGUAUGCUAAGCGAAAAUAUUUAGAUACAAACUAUAGCUAGUUAGCGAUCUAUCGUACGAUCGUUCGAUCGUGUGCAUGCAUUUAAAAAAUCCUUAGGAAAAUUGCGCGUUCGCGUUAAUUGGCGACCAUAAACCCUAGUGAUUUUCAAAUUUUAUCGGCUAUGCAGGAAAUGUGUAUUACUUUUGUAAUGUUAGCUUAGUGGCGAUGAUAAGUGUAGUGGUCGCGCGUGCAGAUCGCUUGUUGAAACUAAAAAUUCUGUGAAAAAUUAAUUUUUGUUGAAUUUCUGCAAGAAAAAGCGCUUAAUUGGUAGAAAAAUGUAAAUACUUCGCGCUCAAUGUAACAAAAGAAAAAAAUAUAUAUAUGAAAAUUCGCGACGUGCGCUAAAUGUGAAAAAUUUUAAAAAAAUAAUUUUCUUUUAUAAAUUUUAGUAUUCAUAAAUCAACAGCCGAUGCUUUGAAGUGCAAUUUUGUAGCGCGCAAAGCAUUAAAAUAGUGCAAAAAGUGUAUAUGGUAUAUAAAGCUGUGUGUGUGCAGCAUGUGUUGAGUGACACGAUCGAGCAACACGAUCAGCUGCCAAGUGAUUUUGAGUUGAUUUUCAAAUAAAAGUCUUACAAAUUGCAAUUAACACAAAUGACUUAGCCAAUAAUAAACAAGUGUUAUAUAUAUACCAAUAGUUAAAAUAAUCUGCAUGUGAUCCUCGUUUCGCCAGUGAUCCUCGUUUUCAUGCGAAAUCCUCAAAAAUUGUGAAUUAGACAGUCAAAAUUCGUUACUCAUCAAAACAAGAGUGUCUCGAAGACGGCUCAUAACUGUGUCGCCGUGUUUAAUUGAAUUCCACGAAUUUUCGCUGUGAGAGUUCAAGCAAAUAAAGGCAAAGCCGUCGAAGCAAAAGUAAGCGAGACGAAAAAUAACAGAACGUUUAUAAAAACAACAAAAACCAAAGUGAUCAUAUAGAUACUUGAGAAAAAGGUCGAGGAAUACCCUACCAACACAUUGCACUUCAGUAACUACGUGCGUUCGUGCUCGUGUGUGUGUGUAAACGAAGACACUUGAGUUACACCAAAAGAUCAGUGACGAGUACGACGACGACGUCAGCAGCGGCGACACAUUGUCCGACGUUCAAGUACACAGCACAGCGGCAAGCAAUAAGAGCAACAGCAGCGCGCCUCCAGGAAGCAACAGACGAGUGCAAAAUGCAACAACAACAAAACGAAUUACAACAACAGCAGAAAAGUCAUUAAUAAGCAAGCGCCGUACGUGCAUGCCGUAGCUACUAAUAAUAAAAAUAAAGUAUUUAGAAGAUACAAACACACACAUGCAUAUGUAUGUAUGGAGCUGAGUGCCAACAGGCGACAAAAGAUCACCGAGAACCUGAAAAGGAAGCCGCAACAACAACAGCAGCAGCGCACACCUAAGACAAGUUGAGUUGAACUAAAUAGUUGCAUGUCAUUGCUGUUGUUGUUGUAUUUGUCGGGUUGUUUAGCUAGUCUCAUUGGUAAACAGCAUGAAAUAUUCGUGGCAUUAAAGACGGCGCCAGCAUACCUGCCAAUGUCUAUGGAUGUCUGUCGAACGACGCAGCCGUAGUCGCCGACGCGGCACUUACCGUUGUACGAGACAAGGCAACUUGGUGUUGUUGUGCCAGCAAUAGUCAGGCAACGCAGGCAAGGCGAGCCAGCAGCAGCAGUAGCUUGGCAAGAUCGUUCAACAAGUCUAGAGGCAACGACAAGCAAGCGCGCUUAAUAACUGCAAAUUGCAUACGUCACGUCGCUACGCGGCAACAACAACAACAACAUUAAGAAAAUAACAACAAUAAGAGAAACAAUAUAAGUUACUACACGUUGACAGCGCGAACGAUUAAAUCAAGCGCAACGCCGCUCAAAAAGCCUGCAUUGGCAAGAGAAAAUUGCAGCGCAAACAAAAACAACAACAAAAAAGUACUAAAAUAGCAUUACAACAAAGUAAAGGCAGGCGAUUCAGCACGCUGCAACACUGCAUGAUCCAGGUGGCACAGCGCAAUCACGCCAAACGCAACAGCAACAACAAAAUCAUAGCAACAGCAAUAUGGAAGCUGCCACCACAACUACUACAACAGCAAAACACUAUAAUAAAACAACAAAAUUACAAAACAAUCAUCAUCGUGCCACAGAAAGGCGCGGCACAUAUCGCACACAAGGCGGCGAAGCGCAAGCAAAUGCCAGCGAUAGCGUCAAAGUGCCGAAACAAACAGCCAAGCAGGCAAAGGCGGCAGCAGCAGCUGCACAACGCGCUGCAGCGCUGGCUGCUUACACUGCAACGGAGACAGUAGUGAGUGGCAGCAAUGGCAAGGCGACGGCUGGCGGUGCCAAAGAUCCACUUGCGAUUGGCAAUGAGGCAGCGGUAGUCACACAAGGCAGCAAGUCGGCACGCGCCCGGGAAGCUAGAGGAGAGCAAAAGACUGUUGUAAAAUCUGAAACAGCCACAACCAAUGUUAAUAACAACAACAAUACAACCACCGCCACUAGCAGUAGCAGCAGCCACAACAACAGCAACAACAAACACAGUGAUACUAGUAACAGUAGUUUAAGUAAAAAUAAUUUUACCUUAAGUCAAAAUGAGUUGGCGCGCAAAAGUGACCAAUCACAGCAGCAACAACAACAGGAUGUCAACAAUAGUAGUGAUAUGAAAGCAACAGCUAAAGCAGCGGAGACAGCAGCAGGCGCAGCGCCAGUGGCAGCGCCGGCCGCCGAGCCGAAUACCUGGAAUAACGCGCGGUAUUUACACAAAAAGUUCAAACGACUCGCCAGCACCACAGACGUGGACAGCCUGGUGGCGGACAGCCAGAGCGUCAAUGCCGUAGGCAGUAGCGCUAGUAGUGAGGCAGGCAGUGAGGCGGCGCAAACGCGCACCACCUCGCUGUCCUCAGCGGCGUCGACGAGCUCAAUAUCGCCGCCACCGGCAACAACACCAACGCCCACAGCGGUGACGAACGCGCAAAGCACAGCGCCACCCGCCGCUGCUUAUGUACAAAGUGCCAUUGCCGCGCUGCCGUUGACGAAUGGACAUGCGCACGCGGCGGCAACGGUUGUUGCAACAGUGGAGCAGUCAAAUUAUAAUAACAAUAUGCAUAGUAUUAAGUACAGUGGCGCACCAGCAAAUAGCAGCAAUCACAGUGAGAGCAAUAACAAUAACAAUGAUAGUAUCAGUGCGACGCAGCAGCUGGAAGCGGAGCAAAUACCGCAAACUUUGUCGCAUAUUUAUGAGAAUCAACAGAAUCAGCAGAAUAGUGGUGGCAACAGCAAUGCCAGCACUGGACGCUAUGUGUGUCCUUAUUGCAAUCUGAAUUGUACAAAACCGUCGGUGCUGCAGAAGCACAUACGCGCGCACACCAACGAACGUCCCUACCCGUGCGACAUCUGUGGCAUAGCGUUCAAAACGAAUAGCAAUUACUACAAACAUUGCCGAUCGCGUUCGCACGCUGCACGGAAACGCGGCAUUGCGGUGCCCAUAAGCGCAGAUGAUGGCCUCUUUGGCGGCUCCGAUCAGGAGGGCGAUCCGGAGUUGAGCAACAGCAGUUCGGAUGUGAUAAGUCGCACCGCUUCGCCGCUGGAAGAUCUAAGUACCGCAUCGUCACCUGCGGUGGUGAGCGCUGUGGCGUCAGCUAACACCCUUACCCCGCAGCAACUGCAGCAGUUGCAGCAACAACAACAAAAGCAGACACAACUGCAACAGCAACAACAAAUUGUUUUGGCCAUACAACAGCAGCAAAUGCAGCACGCAAGCGCCGCACACUCACCACAUGUCGCUCUGCCAUCCACACCCUCACCAUCAUCGCUGUCGUCAACGAAAAGCGCCUACUUGCAGCAGCCCGCGCAGCAACAACCUCAACAAUUACCGUUGGGUUCACCUGCUGCUGGCACAUUACCGCCACCGCAGCCGACGACGUCAAACGCCACCACUAUUACUGCCGUUACAGUGACGCCCAAACAGACCGCCGCUACCGAGCAUAAACCUUAUAAACCGAAAUUUCAUAAUGCGGCAUUGUACGCGACGACAAAAGAAGCAGCGGCUGCAGCGGCCGCCGUCGCAGCAAGCAUGCCGCCAGGAUUGCUGCAACCAUUACCGUUGCAACAGUCGCCACACCAGCAACUACCACAAGCGUCACCGCAGAAUAUGCCGCCCGCUACACACCUAGCUAUGUUGCCACAGGCGCAAGCACCGCUGCCACCGCCAACUGCGUCGCAUCAUCCGUCGCUUUCGCCCAGCACACAAGUGAAGUUAAACAACCACAUCAACACACAUCAGUUACAGUUGCAGCUACAACAACAACAACAACAACCGCAAGCACUACACGUACUACCACCCCCACACAAUGCGGGCAUACCAUUGCAUCACGUGGCGGCCAUGUCGCCCAAAAGCGCCGCACCGCGUGCUGACUUAGUGAACGCAGCAGCAGCUGUAGCAGCGGCCAAUAUGGGCUAUCUGCCAGGAACACGCAUGAUCUACCCGGGUGGCAUCGAUUUUCCGCCUGAGGCGCUACACAUGAUGACAGCAGAUAAACGGCAAAAAUUACACUAUCAAUACAAAUGGCUGGAGCAAGAGUUGCAACAACACUUCCACAAACUAAGUCAGCAGCAGCAGCAACAACAGUUGCAGCACAUGCCUUCACAGUUAGCAGCCCAUGCGCCAUCAGCUCCAACAACAGUACUAAAGCCCACCCCUACAUUGCCGGUGCACGGGCGCGCGCCGAGUGGUGCAAGUGCACAACACGCAAGCGCCGCGGCGGCAGCAGGUAUGCAGCAAAUGAAUGCGUCAGCACCAUUGCCCGCCGUGCAACAAACGCCAUUACAAUAUUUCACCAACACUGCCGGCGGUGGUUUAGUGAGCGGCGCUAGUAGCGCGACUAGCAAUACAACAGCCUCUAUAAGCACCGGUCUCUUGCAUAGCAACAUCUCUAAUGCGGCCGCCAGCGGCACUAAUAAAGUUGCAGAUCUUGUGCAGGAACACAUUACCAAGUUGAUUUCACAGAAUGAGGCAAUUGUGGAGAAUAAAGCGGUACUUUUGCAGAAGAAGUAUCCCAAAGGUCUAAAUCGCUCGCGUAGUUUUACCAAUAAUGGUGGCGGCAACAAUAGCGGCGCGGCUGCCACAUCAGCAGGUAAUGCGGGAGGCAACAACGUCAGUUUGGUCGCCACUACCGCAGUCGGCAGCGAUAGCGCCACCAACGCCCGACUAGCGCAAGCUAUUGUACAGAAACAACAACAGCAGCAGUUACAACAACAAUUGCAGCAACAACAACACUAUCAACAACAAUUCCAACAACAGCUAAUGGUUGGCUCACAAGCAAUGCAAAUGCCACCGCCCUCGCAGCAGCAGCAGCAACAUAUUGCACAACUGCGUCUCGAAGAGCAACAUCAACAGCAUCAACUGCAGCUCCAACAACAACAGCAGCAACAACAUCAUAUGCAAUCAAAUGGUAUUUCAAAGAACCUAGUGUCAGUGCCAACCACGACAAAGUCCACCUGCAUUGCAGCGCCAAUGCCACAACACUUACAAACAUUGCAUCAGCCGCAGCAUCCAAACACAUCCGCUUACAGACAACAACAGCUAACUACUGCGCCACCACCGGAGACGCAACGCCCCGCACCGUCGCCUAUAAGCGCACAAUCCACCGGCGACGCAUUACACAAGGACAUCAUUAACGCGAUGCAGCAGAUAAGCACCGUCAACUCAAAUGCGGUGCCAUUAAACCUGUCCGCUAAGUCGCAGCCGCGUCAGGAAGAACAAACCGAAGCCAUUCCAGCUAGUAACUUAACGAUUAGGCCAAGCAGUACAUCGCGCAAGCGUCAGUCCAUCGAAAACCAGAUCUCCAAUUCCAGCAAUGAAGGUUCUACCAACAGUUCGAUGGUUACGGCGCCGCCAGCUGCUAGUAGCGGCGCUACCAAUGCGAAACAGCCAACGAAUGUUUCCAUAAUUAAAAAUUUACUGCUGAAUGCGCGCGGUUUGGCGGUGCCAACAGGCGAAGGUGAGGAUGCUGUUUAUAAUUGUCCGCUCUGCUCGAAUACUUUCCGUACGGCAGAGGAUUUGCAGCUGCACAACAGUACUUACUGUCAAGGUGCCACAAGCGCGCCCAUCAGUCCAGUAUCAUCGCCUUCGUACCGCUAUUUCCGCUCGAACUCGAUGACAUUAAAUCUGCCCGAGCUGAAGAACACCAUAUUUCGUUCGCACGAUCCACUGCCACUCGCUAAGCUGGCUUGGUAUCAGCUACGCACUAAACCGAGUUCGUUGGUUUUAAGUCGACUCAGCGCUUCACAGGCUGGCAGCUCAAAAGCAACUACCACCACGACCACUUCAGCGACAUCUACAGCGCCUACUAGCUCAACGAGUAGCAACAGUGUGGCCAAUUGUGUUGCUUCACCUAGAAGUACCCCGCCUAAUGGUCCACCGGCUAAUUUGACUUUACCCGAUCCGAACAUUGUGCGCUUAGUCGAUGCACCACUGCCAUCACCCGGUCCACUCUUGGGCAAAACACCGCUUGUCGAUUUUGGUAAUACCAGCGAGACGCGCAAGUCGUCAGAAGAUGUGAUCAUAACGAAAAUGCACGAAGAUCGUCAAUUCGAGCCACAUCCAUCUGCGAAACGCGCUAAACUGGCUUCGGAUAGCAACGAGGUAUUUUCACUUAAUCCAGCACCCACCAGCAGCGGUGGUGUGAUGGCCGCAACGUCCAGCAAACGCUUGACUAUCAAUAGCAUCAGCGGCGGUGAUAUACAACUGCUGCCCAAUACCAGUACCAGUGAUCUGAGCAAAAAAGAAGAACGUAUGCGUCGCUUCACUUCCUCCGGCGGCUGCAUAAUACCACUAUCGGAGUGCAGCGAUAUAGAUAAGAGCACGAAAAUGAUACGUACACCCCUGCUAUCGGGCGGUAGUUUUCAGGAAGUCUCACCUAAACCGAAAGAUAAGGAGAACAAAAGUAGCAUUGCAUUGCCCUUUGCCAGCAGUAGUGCGUUUACGCCGAAACUAAGCUUGGUCGGCCUCGGUUUGCCCACAAAUAGUCCGCAGCAUUUUCAUCAGUUCUCCAUCAACCCUAUAACGGCAUUUAAUCCUUUAACUCUGCCGCCUUUGCAAAGUAUGACUGGAGGUGGGGAGAAAAUUAUACCACACGUACCCGGUAUACCAGGUCCAAAUAGUCUAACACCCCAACUACCACCACCGCAACAUCUGCAGCUGCCGCAACCGACAGCGCAAAUGCUGGCCGCUGGACGUUCGCUCAGUCCGAACCGCAAGAAAACACAAAGCCCGCUGUUAACUGCUAAUAGUGUUAGUCCUAAAUCUUUGACGUUGCCAUCGCAGGAAAAUCUCAAAUCUGUAUCACCAUUCCGUGGCGCGCAAAACGACUUAGAGCGUGCGACAGGCAUGCGUGCGGUACGCAGUUGGAAUCCGCAAACUGCAACAAGCUCGACGAGCAAGCCAAAUAAUUUGGAUGUGCCGAAGAAACCAUUCAAUUUCACACGCAUGGCUGACAAUAUAAGUCCGCGCAAAAGUGGUAGCGCCAAUAUACUCAGAAGCUCGCCGCCAGAAAAUGAAGUACGUCACUUCAAUUUCGAUCAUUUAACUAAGGAUGUGGAGACCGGUACCACUACACCGGCAAACUCUGCACUCACACCUCUACAUGUCGAUAUUAGCACAAGUGCUGCGUCUGUGAACAGCAACGGCUCAGAGCCCACCGACGCCGAGACCAAGAAAUCGAAAUUUCUGCGGCCAACCAGUCUGCCGCUCAAGCCAGGCACAUUCACACCCAAGCGACAUCACGGCAUCACACCGAAUGCCAACACACUGCCACUUAUAUCGCCGGAGACACCACGUCCAUCCAAAUCCUGCGUACAACUAUAUCUGAACGGGCAUGCGUACACAUAUUUGGGACUCAAAUGUAGCACGAAAAUGUUCUACUGCACCGUAAACUGUCCGCAGGCCUCUUAUGUGGCAGGCGCUCAGAAGCUCUCAAUGUACAGUGUAUGGAAGGUAUGUGCGGAAAACAAUCCACAUCCGUUGGGCUUUAAACCGAAGUUGGUAAUGUCCUUGUAUGACUCACGUCAGAAGAGCUCUACCAACACCAUGGCCGGCAUGAAUAAGCUGCCCUACACUUUGGUUGUCUCCCAGCAGACCGUUAUGACACCCUUCGAGAAUAAUCAGGGUCAGUAUCAGCAUCAUCAAUUGAAGCAAAUCUCACUUAACACCAAUACUAUCGAGAGUGCCGAACAGUUGAAGAAGGCAAGCGCCGGUAGUAGCGGUAGCAGCAGUGGUAGUAGUGGCAGCACGGAUGGCAAGAAGGAGCCAUCGGCUAGUCAAAUGUUAGUGGGUGGCUAUGAAUCACACGAGGACUACACUUACAUACGUGGACGUGGUCGUGGCCGGUAUGUCUGCUCGGAGUGCGGCAUUCGAUGUAAGAAACCUUCGAUGCUGAAGAAACACAUACGCACACACACGGAUGUGCGUCCAUACACUUGCAAACAUUGCAAUUUCAGCUUUAAGACAAAAGGCAAUCUCACGAAGCACAUGCAGUCGAAGACGCAUUUCAAGAAAUGCCUAGAGCUCGGCAUUAAUCCCGGUCCAAUGCCGGCGGAUGGUGAAUUUCUCGAACCGGAACCAGAAUUCGAUCAACAAUCGACCACGUCGGCUGGUGGACGCACGUCGUCCAUACCAGGCGAAUCGGACUCGGAUGACUACAGUGACAACGAGUCCGAAAGCAGCGGUAGGCAUACAGACGAGUCGAAGUCGCGUCUGCUGGAGCAUGAGGCGGCGCGUGGUUUGCUUUCGCUCUCUAUGACGCCACCCAUCGGUCAAAGCAUUUCACCACAUCCGAAAAGUGAACCAUACCCAUAUCAGCAGCAUGGCGAACGCAUGGAAACAGCCGCUAUGUCGUUUGUAGGACAGACAAGCGUAGCAGCAACAGCAGUUACCUCAGCCAGUUCAUCAACUGCCAGCACACAUCCCACCGGUAUUAAACGUGUCAUAUCAUUCAGUUCACCCAAACCACCUUUCGACUAUCAGAAACAAGAGCAAUACUACUCCAAUCCCGAAGAGUCCAAGCCGAAACACAAUAACAAUGCUGCUGCAACGAGUUAUGAGAGUGCGCCCAUUGACCUCACUAAGCCACGUGCUGCCAUCAGUGUUACGACUUCGUCUGUGACUAUCACCACAGCUACGCAGAUGGGAAAUUCUGCGCUUGUAGAAGAAUACAGCGCCAGCUCAGCAGUGCCACUAAGUGGUCCGCCAGUGCAAACGCAAGCGCAAAUACGUGACGUAAUCUUCGGUAAUAGCAACAAUGAAUCGGGUUUCUUGAAAACACUCAUCUCAGUGUCAGACAAGGUGCGCAGCUCCACUGAAAUGCUUGAAAACUACAAGAACGGUGAUGAACUUUCGCAAGCCUACCAAUACCACAAGGCAUUCCAAUAUCAUAAAAUCAAGCAAAUCCAAAUGAACCAGAGUUUCCCCGAUGCCAUCAAUGUGAAUGCCAUUAAUCAAAAUCUCGCCAGCACAGCAAACAUGAGUACCGUAAGCGUAGCGGGCGCUGGAUCCAACACAGCGCUCACAAUAACAGCGAGUGCAAGCAGCAGUGUACGUAUUUCGGAGAGCAUAGCCACGACGGUGGUAACUAAUGAUACCGCAGAGAGCACGGACGUCGUGAACACCAGCCCACCGAAGAAACCCUCAGCCGCCACCAAAGUGGAGAGGGAGAAGAAAGCAACUGAGUUGCAAGUGCCCACAAUCGAGGUCAAUGCAGUGCCAACGGAGGAGUCUAAGAGCGAACAAACAGUGGCUGCCGCAGCAGCCGCAACAUCGGCAAGCAAUAAUAAAGUUGACGUUUCGAGCAGCAGUGUCACUAAUAACAAAACAUUGGCUGCAAAGUCCAACGUAUCUGCGUCUUGUAAAUCAUCCGAUGAAGGCGAAGAUAGUGAAUGCAUUUCCGAUCAGGAGCAACCAGUGGUUGGUCACACCUCGAAGCGCAGUCGAAGCAUAAGCAACACAGCUACCAACAAUAAUACAACAAACGUAGAGCCGCAUAAUGCUAAGUUACCUGCGGUCGUGGCACAACCGGGAACUACCGAAUUCACAGGCGUGCUUUCCGCACCUGGACGUACAGUCGUUGUGGGCGAAGAUGGUCUUAAGAAGUCUGGUAACAAUGAAAUACAGCCCGUUUAUCCGCGUGUGCGCAUGUCACCGGAUGGACGGCCGGUGUGUAAAGUUUGUACUAAAACUUUCCAGACGCAAGGACAAUUGUCUUUACAUAUGAAUAUACAUUAUAUGGAGCGCAAGUUCCGCUGUGAACCAUGCGGCGUAUCUUUCCGCACGCAAGGUCAUCUCCAGAAACAUGAACGCGCUGAAGCACAUAAGAACAAAGUCAUGAUGACGUCCACCUUCGGUGUUCCUACGACCUCCAACCCACGUCCCUUCGAGUGUACCGACUGUAAAAUCGCCUUUCGCAUACACGGACAUCUCGCCAAGCAUUUGCGCUCUAAAACACACGUACAAAAAUUGGAAUGCCUACAGAAAUUGCCAUUCGGCACCUAUGCCGAGAUUGAAAGAGCCGGUAUUAGCCUGACGGAGAUCGACACUAGCGACUGUGAGAACUCGCUGAUCUCACUGAAAACACUUGCACAAAAACUCAUUGAAAAGGACCCGAACAAAUUGGGCAGCUACACAACACCUUCGGGCAUGAGUCUCGGCAGUGGACUGAGUGGCGCCAGUGGUGUUAUGGGCGAGUCAGCUGGCAUAAAUACAAAUCACAGUGCAAUAGUGUCGCAGGAUAGCGCAUCGGAGGAUGAUUUCAGCGCCGCUACAAUUGCAGCAGCCACAGCUAUUGCCUCUUUGGACAACGAUAGCGCUACGAACACACCGAAACGCACCAACUCGACCUCGGAAGACGAAGCCAUCGCAAGCGGUUUGAAUAAUAAUCUCAAACGCCGUCUGCCAGGCAACUUUAGCAAUGGCGAAGAGAGCGACAAUCCCACCGAGAGUGCGAGUAGCGAGAAACGCGCGCGCGUCUCCUCACUAUCCAGCGUCGGUGCGGCCAGCGCCACCGCUGCGGUCGGCUCACCCGCAUCGAUCACCUCAUCGAAUGCCUCGUCGAAUAACUGACAUUAUGCUUAUGCGCCGCCGAGCGGAUGAAUAAGGGAUAGUUUGCCGCUGGCAAUGCCACAACACAGCGCCGCAACCAGACACCAGCCACAAGCAACGCAAUCAGUAAUGGCGGAUUGGCAAGCGCCUGCUACUAUUCAAUGCAACCAUUUUCACAACUCCACUAACAGCGGUUGGAGCGGUAGCAGUGUUGGUGCCUUGGAGCAAAAACAAUAUCACCUGCAAUUACAAUAUCAGCCGCGACACGCGGUAGAAACACCGUUUGCCUUGCCACAAUUGCUGCAUAGAAAGUACUAGCGUGAAGUAAUGGAUGAAGCGGCUAAUAAGUGCGUAAGCGCGUGAUAUGUACAUACAUAUAUAAAGAGUUUAUAUUAUAUAAAGAAUUUAUAUUAUCUAAAGUAUAUUUGUGUAAGAAAUUAAGCUAAGCGGUUAAGUGUAACGGCAGUUGUGCUCAGUUGAAAAUUAGUUUUGAAAAUACCCAAAAAGUCAGCGCAUAUCCUGUAUUACAUAUCGUAUGUAUACAAUAGUUAUUCAUAACGGAUACACACACACAAACACACUUUUUUACAAUAAUAAUUUCAUUUUUUUACAUAAUGAGCAGCAAAUUUGAGGUUAUAUCAAACCGUGAAACACAAAACAUUAAAAGGACAGCAUAAUUUUGAGAAAAAACAACAAAAUUUAAAAAUACUCGCAAAGAAAAGUAUAAAAAUCUGCAAAUCGGCGCAGCUGCCGUUAUAUUCUGCUUAGCAUUAAAUUUUG